AUGAAUGGGAAUGACGUAGUAUCUCAAAACCCUGACGCGAUCGCGCGUCGUCUGCUUUUAGACAGUGUUUUGUUCAGUGUCACCGUGAUAAAUGCGUUAAGACUUUACACCAUGACAAUACGAUGGGUGUUGGUGCUUGCCGCGCUAACAAUCGCGUGCGCUAGCAGUGAACGUGGCAACCGAGGUUCAUCCUUACGUGGCGCACUAGAGGCUCUUCAACGGCGGCAACGUGGCCGUAACCACGGUUCCAUCGUACCGCAACCUGAUUACGAUGCAGUAUACGAAUUUGUUCCUCCACAGACUUACCCAGACCCCGAUUAUGGUGUUGAUGUCGAAGAAAAUGAGGAUGAACCCACACCAAAAUACGUCGUCAAGCUUUUAAGUGAGGAUCAGAGACCACUAGAAGAUUACGAAUAUAAAAUAAUCAAGAAGAAGAACGCCUAUUUUGACUCACCUGACUAUGCCUCGAAAAAAGAAUCUGCAUUUCGUGAAAGAAGUCAACACACUGAUAGUGACACACUUCGAGAUAUAUUCACGGACAGCAAUGAACUUGGUGACAGAAACGAUUUUAUGCAAGAACGAACAGAAAAUGAUGCUGAUUACGUGCAACUUUUAGAUCAGCUAUGGUCAAAAUACAAGCAUAAUAAAAAUAAAUUACACAGUAAUAAUAUAGAUACUCCUCAUGGUGUUGUUAAACUUUAUAAAGAAAAAAAUGUCAAAAAGAGAUAUCCAAAUAAUUGGGGUCCAAUUGCUUUUAAGAAAAAACGUAAUUCUGAUUUUGAAGAAAAUGAUGAUAAUUACAAUGCAUAUAAACUAGCUGAUACCGAUAAAGAUGAUACCCACGCACAUAUUAUGUCUUUUCAACCAAUGGAUGAUGAUGGCUUAUCGGGUAUAAUAGACGAGGACCAAUAUGAAGCGAUUGAAAAACGUUUUCCAGUUUCUAAACGUAGCAGUGGCCCUUAUUACAGCUCUCAGAAAAAAAGUUUUACACUGGAACAAAAUAAACGAGAGAUAUCUAAAAACCGAAGAAGCAAUUUAGGAACAGACCCGAAGGUUUUAAAAGAUUUGUCAAAAAUAUUCGGAGAAGGCGAUUCCGGUUUUAUUAAAACUCCAGUAAAAAGAAGCAGUGAUCAUGAUAAAGCGUCGCAUGAAAUGUUACCACCAAACUUAACGAUUUUAGCCCAAAAUAGCACUUUUGAAUUUAACAAUACGCAACUUGAUAAAGACAGACAUGAACACCGCGGCGGCGCAAUUCAUCACCCAGGGUUGUCUGGAGAAAAAAUAGAACAAGACGCUGACCAUGAUCAUCACAUCGAUCAUGCCCACGAUCAGGACCACGCUCAUGAUCACACCCUUGAACAUAAUGACCACGAUCACUCAAAAGAUCACAUUCAUAUUCAUGACGAUGAGCACUCCCAACAUAGCUAUGAUCACGAUCAUGAACAGAAACACAUUCAUGACCAUUCUCAUUCUGAUCAAGAUGAAACUGAAAAACCAAUUACUCUUAAAAAGAAGUCUAUAGACUGGUCCGAUUACUUUGGAAUUGAUAAACGGCUUAAGAAUUCAGAAUCAUUUGUAAAUGAUUUGAAUCAAGACAAGUUGAAAACACAGUAUUAUCACACUUUUAAUAAGGAAGUUAUUAACCCAGUUAACAAUUUACAAAAACAUGUUGACGUAAAAAGAAAUUUUAUACUACCAAAUCCAAUUCCAGGGGGAAAAAUCAAGAUAAAACAUAUUCAAACUAUUGCAUUUCGGAAUAAUAAUAAACGAAACAAUGCUUCAGAUAACGACACCAAUUCAAAUCUCGAUUAUAUUGACAAGAACUUAAGGAAUAUGGAAGGCCUGAUUGUUAAUGACGCUAUACACAUUACUAAAGAUGGUGAAAAACUAGAUUCAAAAGAAGAACAAGAAAUAAAGGAAAAAUUAUUGUCACGUCUGUCUGCAGCAUACAGCCUAGAAAAGAUGAGAAAGGCGUUAAAAGAAUUUAAACAAAAUCUACGAACAGAAGAAGCGAUUAAUAUGAAGUUAGAUACUGAUAAUGAAGAAUUAAAACCUAAAAGGGUUGCAGAAAAAAAGGAAAGAGCCAUUCCAACAACCAAAGAUGUAUCUAAUUACAUUAAAGAGGGCGAUAAAAAUGAUGACUUUGAAGAUGAACAAGGCGCCGGUCAUUAUUUAAACGGUAAAAUUGAAGAACAGCUAUCUGAAGGUUACAUGGGUGGUAGUGGACGACACCGUACACCUAUGGUGUCAACUGUUAGUUCCACAGGACCAUGUCCAGUUCUUGCAAAAAUUAUUCAAAGAUGCCGUGGUGUAGAUUUACUGGCCGGAGAUCGAGGACAACUCUUCCUUCCACAUUGCAGUUUACAUCAGAUUUGUUACUUAUGCGGCGAGGCUCCACCGACGACAUGCGACUUAGUUUUUCUAUCUGAAGCGGAUACAACUUGCGAAGGUGACAUGAGUUGCCAGCGUGCAGCACGGUCUACCUUGAUGACACUCCGAGAACUACACGACAACCUUGCCGAUGAAUUGGAUGGAGAAUGCGAAGCCAGCCCAUGCCUCCCAGCGACAUUGAAACUUAACAUCGGUUGGCAAAGAGCACUUCAACGAUAG